CAGGGAGCGCCUGAAGGUGCGGCAGGUGCAGGGCAAGUGGAAGGUGACGGGCAUGGCGGACGUGAUCUGUGGCGACUUCAAGGUGCCGCCGGAGCACAUCACGGAAGGCGUGACCAACACCGACUUCGUGCUGUACGUCGCCUCCGUGCCGAGCGAGGAGAGUGUGCUGGCGUGGGCCACGACCUGCCAGGUGUUCGCUGACGGCCACCCAGCCGUCGGCGUCAUCAACAUCCCCGCGGCGAACAUUGCGUCGCGGUACGACCAGCUCGUCACGCGUGUCGUCACGCACGAGAUGGCGCACGCGCUGGGCUUCAGCGACACAUUCUUUGAGGCCGUCGGCAUCGUGCAAGAGGUGCCGCACGUUCGCGGCAAGGACUUUAAUGUGUCGGUGAUCACCAGCAGCACGGCGGUGGCGAAGGCGCGUGAGCAGUACGGCUGCAACAGCUUGGAGUAUCUGGAGAUUGAGGACCAGGGCGGUGCGGGCUCCGCCGGGUCGCAUAUCAAGAUGCGCAACGCGCAGGACGAGCUCAUGGCGCCUGCCGCAUCUGCCGGGUACUACACCGCCCUGACCAUGGCCGUCUUCCAGGACCUCGGCUUCUACCAGGCGGACUUCAGCAAGGCCGAGGCGAUGCCGUGGGGCCGGAACGCCGGCUGCGCCUUCCUCAGCGAGAAGUGCAUGGCGAAGAACGUCACGAAGUGGCCGGCGAUGUUCUGCAUGAGAGUGCGGACGCCAUACGGUGCCCCACCGACCGUCUGA